AAGUUUGGUAUAAAGCUGUUUAUGAUUUAAGCUGACACUUGACUCUUCAGUUCAUCACCAUUCUUCAACACUCUGAAACUGAGAGUUGAGAAAGAAUGGCGAAAGAGAAUCCAGCAGAACCCGGCGAGCCUUCUCCGCCGGUUGCUGGGAAUAAAAAAGAGCAUAAACACCUUCACUUGUUGAGCUUUCUGAAUGGUUCCGCCGAGAACUCAUGGAAGAAAGUUGAGGAUAAAUUUCGCCAGCAAGUGGGCGACGGAAAACUUUCCAGGGACAAAUUCGGAGCCUGCAUUGGCCUGAAUGAGGACUCCACAUACUUUGCACACGAACUGUUUGAUGUAUUGUCUAGGAGAAACAAUGUAGAGCCUGAGAAAGGGAUUACUCUGCAACAAUUGAAGGUGUUUUGGGAAGAAUUGGAUAAGGAUGAUCUGGAUACCAGGCUUGAGAUCUUCUUCGAUUUGUGUGACAAGAAUGAUGAUAAUAAGAUCUCAAAGAAAGAGGUGGAGACUGUACUAAAGUGGACUGCUUCUGCAAACAAGUUGACAAGUAUUGAGAAACAAAUUGAAUCCUACGCAUCUAUGAUCGUAAAAGAGCUUGAUCCAGACGGCAAUGGGUUUAUUGAGAUUGAACAUUUGAAACUUGUAAUCCGAGAACUGUGGAAUCCUGAAGAAACCAAAAUGUUGCAGAAUCAGGAUGUUUCAACCAGCAAUUUUGUGAGAGAAACAAAAGAAAUAAUCAACGAUAACAGGAAAAGAAUCUGGGUUUUAAUACUGUGGUUAGCCAUAAAUUUGGGUCUGUUUCUUUGGAAAUUCAUGGAAUACAAGGAGAAGGAAACGUUUAAACUGAUGGGUUAUUGCAUUGGUUCUGCUAAGGGAUCAGCCGAGAUUCUGAAAUUCAAUAUGGGUCUGAUUCUGUUUCUUGUUUGCAGAGGCACAUUAACCACACUUAGAUCCACAUUUCUCAGCUCCAUAUUCCCUUUUGAUGAUCAUAUUUCCUUUCACGUGGUGGUUGGUGUAGCCAUUUCAUUGGCCACUUUUGUUCAUAUGAUUAUGCAUUUGGGAUGUGGGUUUCCAAUAUUGUCCACAUGUCUAAGCGACAAACUCAAGGAAAUUCUUGGCCCAAGUUUUGAGUCCAAGCAGGCAGGUUACUGUGAUUUGCUUUUAAGCGUUCCUGGUGUUACUGGAAUCCUCAUGGUCGUUAUAAUGGCCUACAGCUUCACUCUGGCAAUUCCUUCACUUAGAAAGAGUGAGAAGAAGUUACAGGAAUCCUUUCAUCAUUUGAUAGGUUUCAAUGCCUUCUGGUAUGCACAUCAUUUGCUUUUUCUGGUCUAUGUCUUGCUGAUUCUUCAUGGCUACUUCCAAUCCCUAGCUUGGGAUUGGUUGAAUCGAACGACAUGGGUGUACGUUGCAUUCCCAUUAGUUCUAUACGCAAUGGAGAGACUUAAUAUAAGCUUCAACGAACAAAAACAUGAAGUCAAAGUAAAAAAGGCAGUAGUGUAUAACAGAAAUGCUCUGGUAGCACUAUACUUGACAAAACCAGAAGGAUUCAAGUAUGAAAGUGGGAUGUAUCUGUUUGUCAAGUGCAAGGAUAUAUCAAAAUUUCAAUGGCAUCCAUUCUCUAUCACUUCUGCACCAGGAGAUGACUAUUUAAGUCUCCAUAUACUUAAUCAAGGAGAUUGGACAUCCGAGCUCAUGAACAGAUUUGGAAAGGCAUGUAGCGCUGAAGAUGAAAUGAAAAGAGGUGGAAUAGUUAGACAAGAAAGAACAAACGACUUGAGAUCAAGUGAUAAAUAUCCUCAUAUUUUGAUCAAGGGACCAUACGGAGCCCCAGCACAAAAUUACAAGAAUUAUGACAUUCUCUUGCUCAUAGGCCUUGGAAUUGGAGCUACUCCCAUGAUCAGCAUUUUGAAAGAUCUACUAAACCACGUCAAAACGAAUGCCCCACAAAAUACCGAAAAGAACUCGUCGUGCUCGAACAAGACCCCAAAGGUCCCGAAGAGAGCAUAUUUCUACUGGGUAACAAAGACACAAGAAUCAUUUGAAUGGUUUAAAGGGAUCAUGAAUGAUGUGGCAGAAUACGAUAAUGGAAAAGAGAAAGUAAUAGAAAUGAACAACCAUUUAAGUUGCAUGCAAAAGGAAGGAGACCCACGGUCCGUGUUCAUUACCAUUCUCCAAAAUAUACAGACCGAAAAGGAUAUCAUUUCUGGAAGUCGGAUAAGGGCUCGCUAUGGAAGACCGGACUGGAAAAAGGUUUUCACAGACUUGAAAACCAAGCACAAAGACUGUAACAUAGGUGUAUUUUACUGUGGAAAAUCCCCUCACCGCCCAUUCGCUGAUCUCUGCAGAAAUUACAGUGAUGGUUCAACAAAAUUUCACUUCCACCACGAAAACUUUUAACUUGUGGUAAAAAAAUGUUGGCUAAUAAUAAAAAAUGGAAUUCGAUUUCAAUAAAAAAAAAAAUAAAUAAACAUC